GGCGAUGGCGGAGCCGCCGCGGAGCGCCGCGGGGUCGCAGCCCCUCGCCCGCCUGGCGGAGCCGCUGCUGCGGAGGCUCAGCGAGCUGCUGGACCGGGCAGCGCCCGGCAGGGGCUGGCGGGACCUGGCGCAGCGAGCGGCGAGCCGCGGCAGGCUGCGGCUGAGCCCUCUGGAUUUAGAGCAGUGUUCCCUCAGAGUGCUGGAGCCAGAAGGAAGUCCCAGCUGGAGUCUUCUGAAACUACUGGGAGAUCGUGGUUGCACUGUUGGGGAGCUUGUGGAGUUCUUGCAGGCCCUGGAGCAUACAGAGGCUCUCCAAUGUCUCAGCCAUUCAGGUAUAAAGAUUGUCAUACAGCCAGACUCUCAAGCAGUGCUCUCUGGUCAGGUUGUCAAGCUGUGCUGUUGGGCAACAGGACACCCAUUCGUGCAUUACCAAUGGUUCAAGCAGGAAAAGGAGGUUCCCCAUGGUAACUCUCCAGAGCUGGUUUUGAAUCCAGUGAAUGUAAAUGACUCUGGCUUUUACAUCUGUCGAGUGAACAGUGAAUCUUCCUUUGUGUUCAGUCGGUGGGCACAACUUGAAGUUUGUGAUCUCCAGGACACAUCUCAUGAGAGCUUACUGGGUUUGCCUGAAAACAAGCUGCACAUUUGCAUUCAGCCUCAGCCUCAAAACCUGUCAGUGGGGGAUGCUUUGGUACUGGAGUGUGGUGCCGUUGGAAACCCAAUUCCUCAUUACCAGUGGUUCAGAAAUGGAUUUCCCUUGUCAAAUGGGAGUAAAAAGAUGUACACAGUGACUUGUGUGGAUGUGGAACAUCAAGGGACAUACUGGUGUCACGUAUUCAAUGACCGGGAAGAUCAAGACAGCAAGAAGAUAGAAAUCGUUGUAGGAAGGAAAGUUAUGGCAGUGGAGUGCACAGAAGAAGAUCUGAGUGAUCUUCAAAAGCUGGACCCACAAGAACAGUCGAAUUGCAGACCUGUUGCAACAGACAAGGUAGCUCUAUUAAUAGGAAAUAUGAGCUACUGGAAUCACCCUCAACUCAAGGCUCCAAUGGUAGAUGUCUAUGAACUGACCAAUUUGCUAAGACAGCUGGAUUUCAAAGUUGUUUCUCUGCUGGAUCUUACCGAGUCUGAGAUGCGAAAUGCAGUGGGGGAAUUUUUACUUCUCCUGGACAAAGGAGUAUAUGGUUUGUUAUACUAUGCUGGCCACGGCUACGAGAACUAUGGAAACAGUUUCAUGGUUCCUAUUGAUGCUCCAAAUCCCUACCGGUCUGCAAACUGCCUGUGUGUGCAGAACAUCCUCAAACUGAUGCAAGAGAAGGAGACAGGACUCAAUGUAUUCCUGCUGGAUAUGUGUCGGAAAAGAAAUGAGUACGAUGACACAAUUCUCAUCUUGGAUGCUCUGAAGGUUACAGCCAACAUUGUUUUUGGAUAUGCAACGUGCCAAGGAGCAGAAGCUUUUGAAAUUCAGCAGUCAGGGUUGGCCAAUGGAAUCUUCAUGAAGUUCCUGAAGGACCGUUUGUUAGAAGACAAGAAGAUUACAGUACUGCUUGACGAGGUUGCAGAAGAUAUGGGCAAGUGUCACCUUACCAAAGGCAAGCAAGCUCUGGAGAUCCGCAGCAGUUUGUCUGAGAAAAGGGCGUUAACUGAUCCCGUUCAACAAACCGCCUCUUCUGCCGAGUCGCUGGCACGGAACCUACAGUGGGCCAAAGCUCAUGAGCUCCCAGAAAGCAUGUACCUUGAGUUCAGAUGCGGUGUCCAGAUUCAGUUGGGGUUUGCAGCCGAGUUCUCCAACGUGAUGAUCAUCUACACGCGGAUCGUGAGGCAGCCGCCUGACAUAGCAGUGUGCAGGGCCUACGUCACAGACUUCGCACUCGACCUGGAUGUGGAUCCUAAAGAGGCCAAUAAAGGAACUCCUGAGGAAACUGGAAGCUAUUUAGUAUCAAAGGACCUUCCCAAACACUGUCUCUACACCAGGCUAAGUUCACUGCAAAAAUUAAGGGAACACCUGAUCUUCACUGUUUGCUUGCACUACGAGUAUCCAGGCAUAGAAGAGACAAUGGAUGAAAGAAAGGAGGUUAAUGUUGGGAAACCUCUUAUUGCUAAAUUAGGCCUUCAUCAGGGAUUGAAAAACAAUGACUGUCUGCAGACAUGUGUGCCUAAUAAUCCUUUUCAUAAUCAAAUAGAAUCAAGACCAGUGGCAGCUCAGUACUACAUUCCUGGUCAUUAUCAACCAAAUUCCUGUGCAGGGGUUUACCACACAAACCCUCUUUGCUCAGACAGCAUCAGACAAGCAGAGGCAUGUUCUAGCAAUGGGGUUUCAAGGAUAUUGGCAUCAAGACGUGAAGUACAGAAUCACUGUCCUGUGGAAAAGAGUAACGUGCCAGUAGAGACCACCGAUGACACUGCUGAACUGGAAUUCCUCCUCUCUGACAGCCUCGGGUUCUCUAAACAGCAGUAGCUGUGAUGUGCUCAGAACAGUCCAGAGCAUCAUCCCCUUCCACCCUGCUUCUCUGUCGUCUGCAGUCUGGGGGCUUCGGGACAGGGACUGCAGAGUCUAGAGGUGUUCCUGGGAAAGGGGUUAAGAUGAAAAUUGUUCAUAUCCAAGGAAGCAAAGCUACACUGAUAGGUUUAGGAAUGAAAAAGACACGAUUUUUACUCUUUUCUCCUACCAUUUGAUAGAGGGAAGAACCUGAAUUCCUCAUUGUCCUGCUCCGUUCUCUGGCAGCCAGGCAGCUAAUGAACAGAGACGGUCGUGUGCUCCUGGCAGAAGGGCGCCUGUCGCUGAUAGGGGAUGAAUGCAUCAGAGCCUGGCUGUGGCAUCUGUUUCUCUUGACCUAGUAAAGCCUUGGAUUUUCUCAGCUGCUUCUCCAGUACCUGCUGGACGUGUGAGAUUUACUGAAAUGCAUUUUUCACAAAUCAUUUUCAGAGGGGGAUUGCUCAUGCUGGACCAACCAGGUGAACGUGUGUAGCUGGCAAGGGAAAAUCGCUGACAGACUUCAGGAAAACUAACUCCCAUGUGCUCUGUGGUUUGACAUGACUGUAAAGAAUCCAUUACCCCAGAACUGCAAGUCUGCCUUUCUCUCUUCCAUCCUUCAGUUUCACUUCUCAAUAUCUGGGGAUUGUUGUACUUUUACGUAGGUUUUAUGUGUGUAUAUGUGUUGUAAUGGCCCCCUAUUGAGGUGUAACAUGUCACAUACAAACUGGGCAAAGAGGGAGAUGUUACAGAAGUGGAGAUACACUGCUUGAAUAUUCCAAUGUUAAGAAUACAUCUCCUUCAAGCCUCAGUUUCUUUCCUUCCUUGUGUAAGUAUUAAGCUCAGUCACUGACAUUCCAGUCCCUUGAAUGUAGCUAGUAAUCAGCUCUGACUGCAUUGUCCUCUCAUGGGCAAAUGCCCAGUGUCUGGCAGCAGCUGACAAGGUCUCUGCAAGGAAAACAAAACCUGAACCGAGCUGGUAAACCAAUAGUAUUACCUUUUUAAUUAAGAGAAGAGGAAGCAAAGUCACAGAUUCACACUGUGGUGGAUUGUUGUUGUUGCUGGGUUUUCUGCUGAUCUGAUCAUGGCAAGGUGGCCUUUUCCUGUUCUAGAACAGCACUAAAUGGAAAUGUGAGGGAAAAGUGGUUGUUCACAGCAAGCAAAGUAUUGUGUAGUUAGGCAGUAAGACAUGCUGAAGGCCAGAAGUGAGUGGGCAGGAUGGGUGGAAACCUUGGGGUUCUUCAGGCUGAAGUGCAGGGAUGAUGUUCCUGGACACCAGCAAUUUCUUUUCUGUGGUGAUUUUAAAAACAACCAACAAACUGUUCAGAUGUUCACCAGGCCAAGUGAGUUUGUAUUGACUCAGGUACGUGGGACGUGGCAGUCUUACAACAUGUUGGCUGGACACUGAGGGAGAUGCAGUUCGUGGUCCUGAGAGGCUUCAGAUGGGAAUGUUAGUGCAUCCUUGAUGAGUUCAAGUUCAUCUGUGCUGAAGGGUGCAGCACAUGGGCAUUGAUGUAGUCGUUCCCAGAGUGACAGCCAUGCUUGGAGUAACCUGCAGAUGAGCUUGAGUUUCUGGAUUUCUCCUUUCUUCUGGAGGGUGUUAAACAGUGAAAUGUUUUUUUGGUGAAUAAGAUGUACCUGUACAUUAACUACCCUGUGCCAUUGCCUUAUAAAGCAGAAACCAUGGGCUGGGACAUGGACUGUUACUGUCAUAUUGAGCUAAUGCUGUGUCAGUUUCCUGAUCUCUGUUAAAGCUUUAUUCUGUUUCCUGAUGGGUAAUAAACUGUUGUCCAUAAAAAGA